AUGGUUUCUUUCUCUACUCUUCUCGCAGCUAGCUCUGCAAUUGUUGGCGCCCUAGCCGUCCCGGGAUUCACCCCUUACGACAGAUCCCUUUUCCCUCGUGCUGGAACUCCAAGCGCCACUGGUACCCACGAUGGAUACUACUUCUCUUGGUGGACUGAUGGUGGUUCUCAAGUCACCUACACCAACCUUGCUGGUGGCGCAUACAGCGUUGUCUGGCAAUCUGGAGGAAACUUCGUCGGAGGAAAGGGAUGGAGACCAGGUGGUCGCCGAACUGUUAACUACUCCGGUAGCUACAACCCCAAUGGUAACUCCUACCUCGCCAUCUACGGAUGGACCAGGAGCCCAUUGAUCGAGUACUACAUUGUUGAGAACUUCGGUACCUACAACCCAUCUUCUGGUGCCACCAACAGGGGAAGUAUCAAUAUCGACGGCAGUGUCUACGACAUCUUGGUCAGCACCCGAACCAACCAGCCAUCUAUCGAUGGAACUUCGACCUUCCAGCAAUUCUGGUCCGUUCGAAGGAACAAGCGAAGCUCUGGAUCCGUCAAUGUCGGAGCCCACUUCGACGCCUGGGCCGCCGCUGGUCUGCAACUAGGAACAAGCUUCGACUACAUGAUCUUGGCCACUGAGGGUUACUUCAGCAGCGGAUCUGCUACUAUGUCUGUUGGAUCGGGCGGCAGCACCCAGCCAACUACCACUCCUGGUGGACAGCAAACCACUUCCACACCGAGAACUACCACUGCUGCAAACAACGGUGGUGGCGGCAACUGCUCUGCUAAGUGGGGACAAUGCGGUGGUAUUGGCUGGACCGGAGCUACCUGCUGCCAAUCGGGAAGCACUUGCCAAUCUGGAAAUGCUUACUACUCUCAGUGCUUUGUCGAGACUGCCCAAGUGAUCCAACACGAAUUUGACCCAAAAUACAACACUCGUUGCUCUAAAGACGGUUCCUGCACUGGCGGUCUUUCUUACAGCAACAGAAGCCAUCGUACAUCCCUCUUCAUCACUCCAUCAACCAUCUACCACCAUGCUGUCAAUUCAGUAUUCCAUCCAAGUCCUCAGUCUUCUCUUCAGCUUUUUGAAACCCAUCAACCUUUAAAAACUGCCAAUCCACUCCUUCUGCAGCUGUUGUUCUCUCCACUUACUCGGCCUCAAUCUUCGACGAAGCCAAAGGUCAAAGUUUUGAGCUCUAAAUUAUUGACGAAAAUGUCGACGCGUCAAAGUUACCCAGGAGGUCCUCGGGAUGAUGAAGACCUCGUCCAAGCUACUGACAACCUUCAUAUUGCGAGCCCUAUGCCAUGGCGGCCAUUAGCUCCGGACCUCGGGAUAGCUUACCCUGAUAGUGAACUCCCAGUAUCAGGCAGUGUGCGAUACUCUCCAUCACCAUUCUUCACUUCUCCCGGGUCGACUCCAUCGAUAUCCCUAGCGCAUGACUCCGGGUUUUAUACCCCAUUCCACCAAUACCAGUCCUCUCAUCCGCCUCAAGCUCGAGAAUAUGAACCUGAACCAUUUGACCAAACAUUCCUCAACGAAGCUCCACAAGAACCAAAUCAAUCACAAGCGCAACAGGUACCAGCAGGCCAAGCUGCCUCCCAGAGCUUCCCUAUGUUUUCACCUGGGGGCCCUCACGACGCUUAUCAACAAAGCUACGCAUUUCAACAACAAAUCCCGCAAGAAUACCAAUCAUAUAUGGGAGAGAGAAGACAGGGUGAUCCCUUGCAGAGAGAACAAUGGAUAGGACCAGCGGGACAGCUCUACCCUGAAUCAUCUAGCUAUGGAUCCCAAUAUGGCCAAAUUGGAUGGGAUGCCCAAUCUGACUUUGACGACCGUUGUAGCGUUCAGAGUUACAUGCAGGAGAGGGAGCCCUUUACCAGCCCACAGGAAAUGGAAAACCCUUUUUUGUCUGGCCGUGGGAAGGCAAGAUCAGAUACCGAAGGAGGAAUUCGCCAGCUGUAUAGACCGGAAAACUAUUCCAAUUUUGCUAAGAAAAUACAGCAUGCCGAUACCUCUAAUUUCGUGUUCCCACCAAAACAGCGAGCAGAGGCCGACACUCGAUUUACGCCUUCGAUCCUCCCACAACGGGUUGAAAUGGGGACACCGGUCUCAAAUUCAGACAAAACUCGAGAUGAUAAAGAGAGAACACCCACAAAAAGCGUUAAAUCGGAUCAACAAAGCCAGAAGGUGUGGGAGUUCAUGCCACGCCCGUCCACUGUGCAUGGUCGUCCAGUUCACUACGAAAAGGAGAAUGAGAUCGAUCACCAAGAAACAAAAAGUGUUUCAGAGGCUGAGCUGGCAAAAGAGCCCUCAUUUCAGACUCCGGAAGCGGUAGCGGCUUUGAAGGCGGAGGCGAGGAGACGAAUUCAAGAACAGUUCAAAGCCCAGGUCGCCAAAAAGCUGGAAGAGAGCCAGCGGGUAAUAGAGCCAAUAUCCAUUACCAAUGCUGCCUACGACAGAAUGAAUAAACUGGGGCUAUUAACUCAUCCGGCUCUUCAACUCGGUUUACUUCAUGAUAAGCCAGAUACUCGUAAUAUCCACGAAAAAUUCAAGGCACUCAUACAGAGCAUUAGAAUGGAGGAAUCAUACCAAAUGGGUAUUCACUUACAGCUAUCAGAGAAGCUAUUGCUGGACCUAAAUUUAACAAGAUGGAAUCUUCUAUGCGCCAAGGACAAAGGGCCAACACCCAUAGUAACUCCGUUUGAGUUGAUGGGGGUUCCGAUGCCAGAACCUUAUGGAGAGUUUGUGAAUGAAGACGCGAUUUCUCCAAGAGACCUAGAGAAGGAUCAUAUGACCCCUUUCCCUCUCAAGAACGCUCCGUUGAGCUCUUACUCAAUGACUAGAGAGAUCCAAAUUCGGACGGGUAGAUACUACGAAAGAAAUCAAUAUGCCGAGUCGAAUCCCCAGGCCUUGAACAAUGAGGGUGUGGAAGGAAACCCCGAAGAAAGAGACUUCCACUUCAGGGUUAAGCCGAAACAUUGGCAACUGCCAGAGGACUUUCAGAAAAACUAUCCGUCUGCAACACGAUGGGAAGAGAUCUCCAUCAUCAAGACUUAUCAUCAAGCCCUCACUGUGCAGCAGCACCUCUAUCUCUCGUUUGUAAACCUGGGACCUACUUUCUUCGUAGACUGGGUGCAAUUAUUGAUGGCGAAGGAGAGAGAAGCUUUAUUAGUUAGGGCGUUUAGUCUUACUGUGAGGAUGAAUUCGGACGAUUCUCACGAAUGGGUUGACAAGGAGUGGAUAGGGCUCUCGGAAGAAGAAAGGGAAAAACGAAUGGGACAGAUUCCUGGGCUUCGAAAUGAAGCCUUGGAGUUUAGGCUUUCUGACUAUCGGGAAGUCGAUGAAAGCAAUUUCCCCGUACCCUUUAGCAAAAGCACGUACAAAGAUAUCACAAUCAACAUCAAUGAAUCCCCAGCACCGCCGAAAGACCCUCCAGAAAAGCCUAUGGCGAUUUAUUCUCUCUUUUGCCACGAAUUGCAUCCUUAUUAUCUCGCCCGGGAUCCACACUUGCUUGAGACCAUUUUCGAUCAAUGUCUUAUCAUGCCCGAUUUGAAACAAUUUCCUAGGGAUCUAAAAACACUUGGAGAGAAUUACUUUUGGAAGCCGGCUAUGAGUAUAAAGGAGCCUCGUAAAGUGAUUUUGGGUAGAGAACUCGAACACAACCUACCGUUCAUGCCUGGUAUUCCACUUGGGCCCAACAUUCUGGAGCGCGUGAGAGCCGAUAGGACUUUCUUUUACUCUGCGUUUUUUUAUAAUCUCCUGACUGUUUGGAGAGAUUACAAGGACGAAAAAGUCUGGUUCUACGGAAAUGGUACGCCCUAUCGAUACGAUCCCAACAAACCACCAGCCAAUCUAGGACAACCAAAAAGCAAGUUUCCAAAGGGCGAGAAAUGGACGGACGGAAGCGAGAUUGAAAAGCAUGUUGGGCACUUGCAACAAUUGAUUGAUAUACUGAAUUUGGGGUUCUUUGUGGAGAGUUGGGUGCCCGAAGAUGAUGCAUUGAGAGGGAAGGAUCCAGAGCGAGAAUCUUGGUUUGGAGGGAAGCGGAGUACUGUUACUCAACGGGCGCCAUCACCACGCAUGAAAGAGUGGAAGAAAUAUUGA